GUGCGUGUGUGCAGGUAAAGUUGAGAGCCAGUCACUGCUGGUAUCAAUGGGCGCAUCACUCGCUCCCAAUGCAGCAGCAGAGCUCGCCUCUCACACCAGCGCGCUGUCGAGCCACAGUUCCGCGGGCAUCAUGGCGGCCGCGGCAGCGUCUGGCCUGCACAUCAGCAGCCCGGCGCUUUGCUCCACAGCUCCCGCAGUCAACACCCAGCCCGUGGUACCGGAGCCCCUCUACGGGAGCCACCCGGGCGUGGGCAUGAGCGGGGGCCUAGGCUGUGGGCCCAGCCCGGCCACGGCCUUCUCCUCCUCCUCCGCCUCCUCCUCCUCGGCCUCCUCCUCCUCCACGCUGGGCCCCUCGCAGCACCCGGCCCUCAACAGCAGCUCCACGGCCUCCAUCUCCUCGUCCGUCAACUCCUCCUCGUCCUGCUCCUCCUCCUCCUCCUCCUCCGCCGCCGUCUCCGCCGUCAACUCGUCGCUCUCCUCGGCGGGGAGGCAGCCUGCGGCCGCCACGUCCGGCAAGGCCCCCCCAAAUCUGCCGCCCGGAGUGCCCCCAAUGCUGCCCAACCAGUACAUCAUGGGUCCUGGGGGUCUACUGCCGGCCUACCCGCCUCAGAUCUACGGCUAUGAUGAGCUGCAGAUGAUCCAGGCGAGAAUGCCCAUCGACUACUAUGGGAUGGCGUUCACUCCAAUGCUGUCCAGUCGGGAGGCCACUCUCCCUGGCUCCUCCUACACAGGCGAGGCGACCAAAUUUGGGCGUGGCGAGGCCCAAUCCCCGUCUCCUGCCCUGAGCCUCGCCCAGGCCCAGGCUCAGGCCCAGGCCCAGCAGCAGCAACAGCAGCAGCAGCAGCAGCAGCAGAACGCCCCGGGCCAACCGGGCAGCCACGUGGCUGCCCAGCAAGGCUUCCCUCCACCGCCGCCCCCGGCACUGCCCCCGGGCUACAGCUACACCGGCCUUCCCUACUACGCGGCGGCCGCGGCCGCGGCGGCCGCGGCCGCGGCCGCGGCCAACGCCGGCGUCCCCGGAGGGUUCCAGUACGCGGCAGGGCCUCCCGUGUUCACGCUGCCCGCAUCCUCUGCCAAGCAGCACGGCGUCGGAGUGAACGCAGCCUCAACAGCGGCCUUCCAGCAGCCUGGGGCCUACAGCUCCCACGCCUACGGCGGAGGCUAUGAGGAGAUGGCCCAGGCCUCAAGUGCGGCCGAGUACGCCAAGUCCGGCUAUGGAGGAGGUGGUGGCGGAGGAGGUGGUGGCGGAGGAGGUGGAGUCCAACCACAGAAGCAAGGAUCUGCUCCAGGCAAGGGAGUUUCCGUGGCGUCCAGUAACUCGGGUGUGCCUGACAUUUCAGGUUCUGUGUACAGCAAAACACAGGUGGCGUUUGACAAACAGGGCAGCUUUCACGCCGGGACUCCGCCUCCCUUCAGCUUGCCCUCGGCACUCGGCGGCUCCGGCGCCCUCAGCGCUCCGGGCGGGCCGGCCUAUGGCCCGGCCUACAUGGCCAUCCUACCACCACCACCACCACCACAGGCCCAGCUGCACUCACACAUGGACUCGCAGGUGAGGUCAGACAGUCACCGCUCUAUCUCAUGGACACCCAGCCAGGUGAGAUGAGUCUCACCACGCACG